GUGUUUUCAUUCUCUUUGGCAGAGCGAGAGGAACCUUCCAGCUGCUGAGAGGCCCAUCCAUGGCGACCCUCCUCGCUGCAACGCACCUCUCCCGGCCUCUUGCUCGGCUGGCCAGGAGAACCCCACACCUCAAGGAUGCCACAGCUGCACUCCGGCCCCUGCCGGAGGUUUCCUUCUUGGCCUUGACCCGGAUGAGCAGGCGGGCUUACGGGACAGACGUGGAGGACAUUGGCGAGCGACCCGUCCUCAUCACCGGCUGCGACUCGGGCUUUGGCUUUGCCCUCGCCAAGUACUUGCACGAGAAGGGCUUCAUCAUUUACGCUGGCUGUCUGCUGAAGGAGCAAGGCCGGGGUGGCUCCAAGGAUCUGGACAGCAUGAAGAGUGACCGGAUGAGAACUGUGCAGCUCAACGUCUGUGACAGCGAAGACGUGGCCCGUGCUGUGGACUACGUGACCAGCACUCUGAAGGACCCACAGAAAGGAGUCUGGGGCCUCGUCAACAACGCCGGGGUCUCCACCUUUGGAGAGGUUGAAUUCACGAGCAUGGACACCUACAAAGAGGUGGCCGAAGUGAACCUCUGGGGGACCAUCCGCACCACCAAGGCCUUCCUGCCUCUCAUCCGCAGGUCCAAAGGCCGUGUGGUCAACAUCAGCAGCAUGAUGGGGCGGAUGGCGAACCCCGCCCGCUCCCCCUACUGCAUCACCAAGUUUGGGGUGGAGGCCUUCUCGGACUGCCUGCGCUAUGAGAUGCGCCCCCACGACGUGAAGGUCUGCAUCGUGGAGCCGGGCAACUUCAUCGCCGGGACCAGCUUGUACAGCCCGGACCGGAUCAAGGCCAUCGCGGACAAGAUGUGGGACGAACUGCCCGAAAUUGUGCGCCGCGACUAUGGCCGGAAGUACUUCGACGAGCAGAUCGCCAAGAUGGAGUCGUACUGCAACAGCGGCUCCUCAGACACCUCCCCCGUGAUCGAGAGCAUCGGCCACGCCCUGAUGUCCAUCUCGCCCUACACCCGCUACCACCCCAUGGACUACUACUGGUGGCUGCGCAUGCAGGUCAUGACCCACAUGCCGGCCGCCAUCUCAGACCGCCUCUACAUCUACUGAGGGGCCAGCAGCCGCCUGGUUAGUUGAGUUCACGGCACUGUACUUGAGUCCUCGGUUUAUAUUAAUUUAACUUUUGAGCAUAAUUUAACCCCUGCAUGGUGUGUCUCAUUAACAGGAACAUUUGCCUUUGUCAGAGGGACCCAGGCAGCUCUGUGCUGUUUAUUUUAAACACUCCCAUUUCUUCAUCUCAGUUUUUAGGACAAAAUCUAGGUUGCGUUACUAGUUGCUGUGAAGCCUUGAGCGCCCCGAAUCUCCAUGCCUUUGGAAGUGGCCUGAGCCCUCCCCCCGCCCCCCUGUGCAGCUCCCGCCCCUCCAAGAUCCUCACAUGGGUGGCUCGAGAGAAGGGCGGGAGCAAAGGGGCCUGUCCCACAGGUGUGCAGCCUGGCUGCAGAAGAGUAGAGUGGCCACUUGCAGGGCCUUUCCUGUGGUGGCCCAGGCCCCUUUGAGCAAAGCCUGCUUGUCCAGCUGGAGCUCCCGCAACGUGCGGCUGGUGGCAGUGGCAGGAGGGAGGGGAGUUUGGGGGGGAGCCACACACCCCUUAUUCUGCCUGCCUCGUGAGCCGUGCAGUCAGGGCACCUUGCCCCCAGCUCUCCUUUUCCCGGCAGCCCUUCCUUCCGGCAGGCUGGGACGAGGAGAGGAGAGCGCCCCCUGGGUGGGCUGCCUGCACUGCAGCCGUGCUGUUGUCCGGGCCAGGGAGGCCCAUGUGGGGGGAGGGGGGGAGAAGCCACAGGGCUCAGGCCGAGGCUCAACUGGGAAGUCCUGGGGGAGGGGCUGGGGGUGGGGCCUGCUGUCCGAGGCGGCUUCUUCCUCCAGGAUUUUGUCGCACAAAACUUUUGUACAAAAAGGCCUCUCGCGUGAGAUGUCCAGACCAGAGAUAUUUUUGUGAAGCUUCAGAGGCUAAGAAAUGGGUCGCUGGAAGUCUGUGAAAGGGGAGGGGAGGGGAGGAGGGGGCAUCUCGCUUCUGUAAGGACACGACACGGACGGGGGGAGAGUCUCUGCCUUGAUGAACAUUAAACAACAGUGACGACGCCAA